GAGGCGCGGCGAGGGCGGGGGCGGCGGGGCCGGGCCGGGAGCGGCGACGGGACACGGCCGAACUGCCUCUCACCAUGGGUGGUGGGUGUCGGGCCCGUGUCCCCCUGGCUGCGGGGCUGCGCCGGGCCGGGCUGCGGCUGCUCCUCGCCCACGCCGUGCUGCUCUGCGCCGCCGGGACCGCCGCCACCGACGGCUCCGUGGAUCCUUGUUGCUAUUACCCCUGCCAGCACCAAGGGGUGUGCGUGAGGGUCGGCCUGGCAGGAUAUGAGUGUGACUGCACGCGGACGGGAUACUUUGGGGCCAACUGCACCUCCCCCGAGUUCUGGACGCGCCUCCGUGACCUGCUGAAGCCCAGUCCUGCCUUCUUCCACUUCAUCCUGACCCACUUCACGGGGCUUUGGGACAUUAUCAACAGCACCUUCAUCAGGGACACGCUCAUGAGGCUCGUGCUCACAGUUCGUGCCAAUCUCAUCCCCAGCCCCCCCACUUUCAACUCUGACUAUGGCUACAUCAGCUGGGAGGCCUACGCCAACGUCAGCUAUUACACCCGCAUCCUCCCGCCCGUGCCGGACGGCUGCCCCACGCCCAUGGGGACUAAAGGGAAGCAGCAGCUCCCCGACCCCCAGCUCCUGGCGGAGAGGUUCCUGCUGCGGCAGAAGUUUGAAGCUGAUCCCCGAGGCACCAAUCUGAUGUUCGCCUUCUUCGCCCAGCAUUUCACCCACCAGUUCUUCAAGACGUCUGGGAAGAUGGGACGUGGCUUCACCAAGGCGCUGGGGCAUGGGGUGGACCUUGGGCACUUGUAUGGGGACAACCUGCAGCGGCAGCACCAGCUGCGACUCUUCAGAGAUGGGAAGCUGAAAUUCCAGGUGGUGGAUGGAGAGAUGUACCCCCCAAUGGUCACCGAUGCUCCAGUUCACAUGGUCUACCCGCCCGGCAUCCCCAAGGAGCGGCAGCUGGCUAUGGGGCAGGAGGUGUUCGGGCUGCUGCCCGGGCUCUCCAUGUACCAAACGCUCUGGCUGCGCGAGCACAACCGUGUCUGCGACAUCCUGAAACGGGAGCAUCCCACCUGGGGCGACGAGCAGCUCUUCCAGACAGCGCGUCUCGUCCUCAUUGGGGAGACCAUUAAGAUUGUCAUUGAAGAUUAUGUCCAGCACCUCAGCGGGUACUUCCUCAGCCUCAAGUUUGACCCUGAGCUGCUGUUUGGGACACAGUUCCAGUACCGGAAUCGCAUCGCGGUGGAGUUCAACCAGCUCUAUCACUGGCAUGGGCUGAUGCCCGACUCCUUCAUCAUCCAGGGGCAAGAGUACAGCUAUGAGCAGUUCCUCUACAACACCUCCAUGCUCAUGGACUACGGUGUGGAGGCGCUGGUGGAGUCCUUUUCCAAGCAGGUUGCAGGAAGGAUUGGUGGGGGACAAACCAUCAAUGCCAAUGUCUUGCAAGUGGCCGUUGGGGUCAUCAAGGAGUCCCGGCAGCUGAGGCUCCAGCCGUUCAACGAGUAUCGGAAGAGGUUUGGCAUGAAGCCCUACAAGUCCUUCCAGGAGCUGACAGGAGAGGAAGAAAAGGCAGCAGAACUGGAAGAGCUGUAUGGAGACAUCGACGCUCUGGAGUUCUACCUGGGCUUGCUGCUUGAGAAACCUCAACCAAAUGGUAUUUUUGGAGAAAGCAUGGUUGAGAUCGGAUCUCCGUUUUCCCUGAAGGGGCUUCUCGGAAACCCCAUCUGCUCCCCAGAGUACUGGAAGCCCAGUACGUUUGGUGGAGCAACUGGCUUUGAGAUAGUCAAUUCAGCAUCACUUGAGAAACUUGUGUGCCUCAACGUGAAGAAGUGCCCAUACGUGGCGUUCCAGGUGCCAGAUGCUGCAGAAAAUGGCAGCCCUCGGGUUGGUGGAUCAUCUGCUGAGCUCUAGCACCAGGACAACCUGCCCAGGCAGCAGGGGGACACAGGGACAUGCCCACCCCUGCGCUGAGCGGGACCGGGACAGAAGAUGGUCCCACCCUGGGUGUCCUUCACACCAGCCCUUGAGGAGAGGCUGGUACCAGCUCUGCAAAAAGCUCAAGUGCCUCAGGAGUGCAGCUGCCACCGCUGUCCUCAGCAGACACAAUUCUCUUGCUUGCCAAUACCUCACACUAAGCCAGCUUUGGGGUUUCCCAGGUGACACCCAUCUCCCUGAGACACUCUGGACUCCCCUGUCCUUUGUCACCCCCUGGGCCACACAGCUUUCCAGCAUCAGGACACCAGCAGCUUCUCUGCCACAGGGACAGAGGAGCAGAGCCCGGGGAGCCCUCGUGGUCCUCCCUCCUGUGCUGUGGCCGGUUAAGCUGCUGAGUUGCCCAGGGGAGGCAGAGGGGGCAGGUGACAGCACUCAGAGGGACGGGAGGACAUGCCGUGUGUGGUUGUGCUGGCCCAGCAGCGGCUGAGCUUGCAGCUCAAACCUGCCCUGAUGCACUUCUCCUGCAGCAGCUCUGGACCGUCCACCUACCUUGCCCAGCACACGGGCACGGCCGAGACAUGGCCGAGGAGAAGGAACCAAAGCAACAUCUCUGCAGGAGGAGACUGGGGAGAAGUGUCAGAUCAAACCUCCAGCACCUCCAACCCGCUGGCUGGGACCCCGGUGCACACCGCGGGCUGCCUGCGCAGGGCUGCUCCGAGCAAGGCGCUUCCUCUGUGCAAACACAGCGGUGAAGUCUCUUCCACCCGAUGAUCAUUACACUUCCCUGCAAUAAUAGAUCAGCAAAUGGCGUCCCCAAGGCACACAGAGCAUGACUCCAUCCUGCUCCAGCAACGCACGCAGCCGCCAGCCCUCACUGACAUAAUGACAUGGUAGCUGGCAAGCUACUGUCACUGCCUUUGGAUCCCCUUCAGUUCCCAGUUCUAAGAGAAUGGACAUGUAGAAUAAUAAAUGUUUUUAAAAACUUC